UAAUUUGCAUAAUAUUCAUUUUGUUCUUUUAUAUUCAAUAAAAUGAUUAUUAAAAAUCAUUAUACUGCAUGUGAUAAAUAAAUCAUUUAUUAAUAAACAAAUUCUUUGAUUACGAAAGAUAAAAGUUAAUAAGGAAAUAUCAGUAUUUUAUAUACGAAUACUACAAAAAUUAAACAUUGACAAAAUGGAUGAUGAAACUUUAAACAGACUUGCAGUUGAAGCAUUAUUGGAAGAAGCAAAACUUGGGGCAAAAAGAGCAGAAAUAAUGGGUCCUAGUGGAUGGAUUAAACCAAAGGAGUCUAUUAAUAAAAGAUUUCUUCAUUCAACAUUACGUAAUGUUGUUCUUUCAAAUAAAUAUCAAUUGAAAAGAAGAAGCGAGAAGCAAUUGUGUGUACGAGAGAGUACAUUAAAAUAA